AUGACCGCUCUCAGGGUCUUGGAUUUGUCACGGACUGCCCUCCAGUUGUUGCCAAAAAACAUGGGAUGUUUGCAGUGUUUAGUUUACCUCGGGUAUUCCUUUGUGCCACUCAAGAGACUGCCCAACUCUGUCACUGCUCUUAAAAACCUGCAAAUAUUAGAUCUUUAUCAAUCUGAUAUUGCACAACUCCCCUCCGACAUUUCUAAGUUGACUUGUCUAAAAUUGUUGGACGUUAGUUUCUACAAACAUCUGCAGUGCAUGCCUUAUGGGAUCUCACGCCUUAUGUCCCUGGAGUACCUGGAUGCAUUUGCUUCUUCAAAUAUACAAUGGAACAAGUGCAGAAGGGAUCGACUUCCGAUUAGUGAUUUGGGCACCCUAAACAAACUAAAAAGGUUGGGGCUUAAUAAUAAUGGUGAUAUAAUUCAGAAAGGACUAUUGGGAAUCAUGAAGCAGGUGGAAUAUCUAUUUACUCCAGAUAGAAAUUCAAUUUCUGAAUUUCAAGGCUAUCUUAGUUUGUUCGAUUGUGGCAUGUUGAAACAACUACCUAACUUGCACAAUCUUCCAAGUCUAAAGCACCUGCAUAUCAUUGAGUGCUCCAAGAUUGAGAAGUUUCCAGAGGAAUUUGGCAAGAGGGGAGGAUUUCCUAAGUUGGAGCUAUUUUCAGUGGUGAAGCUGAGGAAGAUGAAGCAGCUGCCAACAUUGGAAGAAGGAGCACCGCCUUCACGUAAAACAUUGACAAUAAUGCAGUGUGAGGCAUUGCGGAUGCUACCAGUGUUAUUGGAAUUUGAAGAGUAUAGACAAGAUAAGAGUGUAUGCUUGUUCAAAGGUUCUACUUGUGAUGACAAAGGAAGAAAACUUUAUCAAGACAAAGAUUAA